UAAUAUGCGACAAUCCACACGGCUCAAUAGUAACAACGCCACAACUGUCUGGCGAAACUCCGCUUAACCCGUCGUUUUACUUUUUUACAGGAAAACGAGAAACUUGAAUAAGACAUUUUUGAAUUUUUUCUUUAGUUGACUGGUUUUUAUAACGCCGAGAUGUCUCUGGCGGACGAGCUGCUGGCUGACCUGGAGGAGGCUGGAGAUGAGGGGGAGGAUGGGCUCUAUCCAGAGGGAGACGAGGGGGAGAGUGAUGGAGAGAUGACCCAGGGAAGGACAGAGGGAGGGCUGGAAGACAUACCAGAGGAGAUGGAAGUGGACUACAGCAAAGCUGAGAGUGUUGCAUCCAUCGCCAAGCUUCGCAAUGGCAAACAGUUUUCAGAGAUCAUGGACAAAAUUUCAGCAUACAGUGGAAAGCAACGCAAAAAUUCAGAGGUCUCUGGUCCAGUUGAGUCUGACCCCGAAUACAGACUGAUUGUCGUGGCUAAUAACCUCACAGUAGAGAUCGACAAUGAGCUCAACAUCAUUCACAAGUUUACCAGGGAUAAAUAUUCUAAGAGGUUCCCAGAGCUUGAGUCGCUGGUGCCAGAUUCUUUAGAUUACAUACGUACAGUCAAGGAAUUGGGGAACAAUCUUGAGAAAUGCAAGACCAACGAAACACUGCAGCAGAUCCUCACCAAUGCUACUAUCAUGGUCGUCAGUGUCACAGCCUCGACUACACAGGGGACACAGCUUAGUGAGGAAGAACUGAAGCAGCUGGAGGAAGCAUGUGAUAUGGCUCUGGAGCUGAACCAGUCUAAACACAGGAUAUAUGAAUAUGUUGAGUCCAGAAUGUCCUUCAUUGCUCCCAAUCUGUCCGUCAUUGUCGGAGCAUCAACAGCUGCAAAGAUCAUGGGCAUUGCUGGUGGCCUCACUAAUCUCUCAAAGAUGCCGGCCUGUAAUUUGAUGCUGCUGGGAGCUCAGAGGAGAACACUGUCCGGCUUCAGCAGCACGUCACUGCUUCCCCACACUGGCUACAUCUACCACUGUGAUGUUGUACAGUCACUACCACCUGACCUCAGGAGGAAGGCGGCUCGUCUGGUGUCUGCGAAGUGCACUCUGGCUUCCCGAGUGGACAGUUUCCAUGAGAGUUCAGAUGGAAGGGUUGGCUACGAUCUUAAAGAAGAGAUAGAGAGGAAGUUUGAUAAAUGGCAGGAACCUCCACCAGUGAAGCAGGUCAAACCUCUGCCAGCCCCACUGGAUGGACAGAGGAAGAAGAGGGGAGGAAGAAGGUACAGAAAGAUGAAGGAGCGUCUCGGACUCACUGAGAUCAGGAAACAUGCCAACAGAAUGACCUUUGCAGAGAUUGAAGAUGAUGCGUAUCAAGAGGAUCUGGGCUUCAGUCUGGGUCAGCUGGGGAAGAGCGGCAGCGGCCGCGUCAGACAGGCUCAGGUCAACGAAGCCACCAAGGCCAGAAUCUCCAAAUCCCUCCAGAGGACGCUGCAAAAGCAGAGCAUGACAUACGGAGGAAAGUCAACAGUCAGAGAUCGUUCCUCAGGAAUCAGCUCCAGUGUAGCAUUCACUCCUCUACAGGGUCUGGAGAUUGUGAACCCUCAGGCUGCAGAGAAGAAGGUGGCUGAAGCCAACCAGAAAUAUUUCUCUAAUAUGGCGGAGUUCCUGAAAGUCAAGAAGGAAUCAAAGAUGUAAAAAAACAACAACCUUUCAUGCACAAGCACCGUAGCCAUCAAUACGUUUGUUUUGACAUCGUGAGUUGUCCUUUUUAGUUUUACCCUUUUUUGUUUUUUCCGUUUUUAAUAAAAUGCAGCUGCACACAUA